AUGGCUUUGUAACAGGAGGCGCCAAGGAGUUUAAGUACACAUAACUCGCACACAGGAGAGAAAAUGACGAAAGUUCCUCAGGGGUUUGAUUUCAGUUUCCUAAACGAGGAAGAAGCCAGGAAGAUCCUCCAGGUACUGGAAAGAAAUGAGGAACUCCGGAGGGCAGAGAAGGACAGGAUCAGCAAACUUCAAAAGACAAAGAGGGAUAUCAGAUGGCUUCAAGGAGCAACUGGUGAAUGGUUUGAAGAAAUUCAAAGAAAGAAAUUUUGCAAUGAAACAGAUGUUAACCAGAUGUUAAAACCUCCACUUACAUAUAGGCUACAGAAGGGGAUGGCAAAAAAUGAUCCGACGGAAUUACAAACAUCAAGAUCUAAAAGCCUAAUAAACCAAAAACCAUCUGUUUCUCCCCGAAUGAGCUUUCGGUCAUCCUUUGCUUCACUGUUCUCAUUCAGAAGAUCUGCGAAGGAGACUCUUAAACUUCCGUCUCAGAGACCAAACGGGCGGGAUGACCGUGUAAGACCUUCAGCAUCUGUGAGGGGGACAGCUGCGGCAAAAAUAUACAAUUCACCUGUUGGGAAUCAACCAGUUGCCAGUGUGUUUGUUCCUAAGCCAGCCAUCAUGAGGGAGGAGAGCGGUAUGCCUCCACCCUGGGACGCUUCCCUGCUGGAGAGGGAGCUUUUCCAAGUUUUAGAUGAUUUGGACAAUAAGCUGGCUCAGGAACAAUCUGCAGGCUUGAUGAAUACCACAGUGCCAUUCGACUACGGAUCGAGAACACAGUUCAAGCUGUCUCACAGGAACAGGCAUGGUCAGAGCAUAGGAAGGCAUCAAAACUACCAUCGUGAAACUUCCAACAUGUCUAUCUAUGACAUCUUGAGACCUGGAACUCCUAGAGAAGGCUUUAAAACCUUUUCUCCUAGGACAAAGACAAUUUAUGAUAUGUAUAGGACCAGGGAGCCCAGAAUCUUAAAGGAAGACUUCAUGCAAAAGAAUGCAUUUGGUAGUGCAUCUCUGUGCUUCGACAGCCGGGAAAGAUCAGCCUCACCUGCUGCAGGGCGUUUUACUGCCAGGAGUUUACACUUUCCAGCCGAUGCUCAAAACAAGAGUAGUUUUACACCAGUGAGACACCAGCAAAGCCCCAAAAGGACUCCUUUAUCAUCCAUCAUAUGGAAUAGGUCAGAUGCUUCUAGACAUAGGCAGAAUUGGGAAGAAUCACUGGGGGUACCAGCACCAAUGGACAUUGACCCUGAUGAGCAAUGUGUGCCCUCUAGGUGUUUUCAGGAAAGUAGGAGGUAUGAGGUGUGCCAUUCACAGAACACUUACCAAAGCUACCCUUUAAAUAUCCCUGUGGAUAAUGCAAUAAGUCCUGACACAUUGGAGAACUCAGAGAAUAUGCCAUUCUACCGUCAGAAUAACCCAUUUGCAAGGUCUUUCUUUAGUAGUACCUUCAGACAGAGCAGAGAACAGAGAUUUGGACAGAAUUCUUUUUGGAGCCGACAGGAAGAACAUUCUUCCUGGUCUGACUUUCCCCAGAGCAGGAAGCCAUUCCCUUCUGACAAGGACUUUGAAAUGAUUCCUGUUGAAGCAAACAGGGCGGCAUCUGUUUGCAGCCAUGGUGUCCCUUCUCAGCACUGGAGGCCACGUUCUCCUGGCUGUGGAACAUACGUUUUCAGAGGUCAAGAAGAUUCACAUUGCUGGCGAUCUGAUUUUCAAACAUCCCCACUGGAGAACAUGGACACCUCACAUGUUAAUGAGAACCAGUUUCCACCCCAUUUUGUCACAGCAGAUGGGUUUUCUAUAACUGACUCAAGCUGUCACAUCCAGUCUUCUGGGCUGGACUCCCAGCAGGGCCACUUCCCUAUAGAAGAAGCUGUAGAAGAGGGCCCUUAUUUGUUCGGCAAGGCUCAGACUCCAGUCUCUUCAUUCAGAUCUCCCUUCCCACUGAGUCUCGAUGACAGAAGGGAGACUCAGAGUUACAGCUUCCAGAAUUCCACAGCUUCUUUACAGAAAAUAGUCCCUAAUAAGCCAGACUCUCUUCCAAUAAGAAACUGUACAGAAGUUCCUGUGGCUUGUAGCCAUUCUACAGAAUCUCUGUCUCUUACUGAAACCCAGCCCAACAUCCCAGUCACAAAAAUGAACAGUGAGACAGAUAUGGAUGCGUCUAUUUAUGAGGAUGAACAGCUAAACAAGGUGGGCCAGAAAAACAGGCCAGCUGGGUUACCUCAAUCUGUUUCACAGACAGUGGUCUCUAAUGAUUUACCUGAUUUUCAAAAUGCCCACUCCCAGGAUUCAACCCAAAAUGGCAGGUAUGGUUUUAAUGCAUCUGCCACAGAACAUCCCAAAGGAUCAUCUAGGGUCUUUUCCAGGAAAGGUACUUCCCAAAUUCAUACAACACAAAGAGAUCAAAGCAAUGAACUGAACAAAAAUAAAUGUCUUUCUGGAGACAGGAGACUUGACUCAGGAGCUUCCCUGCCUUUCAUCCAAGAAAGUGGAACAUCAACAUCUCUUCCCAGCCCAAAUCAAGGUUGUCACCAGAAAACAGGAACUAAUGAAGACAGUUCAAGCACCAUUAAAAAUAGCCAUUGGUGCUUUGAACCCACUGCUAACCAAAAAUCACAGCUUUCCAGGGAGCCUGCUACUUUAGAUCUUGAGCGACAGCAAAGUCCUUCCACUCAUUCUACCAAUGCCAGCAAGCUGGUCGCUGGGCACAAUCUCUCACGAGAUCCUUUAUGUGUGUCAUCAGAUGCACCCCAAGAUUCUUUCCUUGGUGCUCUUCUGGUACCUUCCACUACAGUGUUCUCCAGGAGCCUUUCAGACCAAGAGCCAGGUCAAGAACAACGAGAAGAAAAAGACAAGGCUACCAAGAACCAAAAUAAUCAGCUGGCUGUAAAUUCUGCAGACAACCAAGAGAGUCAUGAUGGUCCUGCACUUCUGCAUGAUGCUGUUCACUGCCACCCAUACUCUCCCUUCAAGAAUGGGAGGGGGAAGGGAAGAGUAAGGCGCCGUGUAUCCUGUAUUGAGAAGCUAACCAAAACAGAGAGUAGAGUGUCACCCACAAGAGAAGGCAGUAGCUGUGCUGAGGACCCAAGCAGCAUCAAAGCUCCUGAGCUCAGCACAGUCUAUUGCACCUUGCCAAGAAAACCAGCCAGCUUUCUCAUACACAGCAGACAGCAGGAAAGUAAGGUAAUGGCUGCUUCAGUUAGGAAUGGGCCACCUCCAUUCCAAAUAAAAAAUAAAGUGGAAGUUCCCACUAGAAAGAGCACAUCUGACAAGCCCAGUUCUCCCGAAUCAAUGGGUGAUGCUGCAAAUUCAAUCAUGGGGAUACCCAAAGCCACCAAGAGGAUGACAGAUAUGAAAGCCAUUAGAUCAGCCUCAGUUAGGAAAGGACCACUCCCUUUCCUCAUUAAGAGGGCAGUAUCCUGUCCUUCAGGGGAGCCAUGUACCUUGGCUGAAAGUGGUGAAAGAGAAAAGUCACCAGUCCUGGACAUGGAUGCUUCUCCUGUAAUACCCAGGCUUUCGGGGAGACUCUUUAACUCUCUGGAAGGUGAAUCAUCAUUUAGAUUUUCUGAAAAGGAACUUGCUCAAGAACACACUGGAAAGAGUAGUGAGCCUCUGGCCCCCAGAAUGAACUCAUUUACCCUUUCAAACAAAACCCCCGAACCUUUGUGUGCAACUGGAUCAGGAAAAGAAAGUGGGACAGCAUUACAUAAGUUUAAGACGACUAGCAUGUUUUCUGUUUCUGGCGAUGAAGAGAAUGUGAAGUGUCUUGAGGUGGUUUCAAUAUAUUAUACUCUACCAAGGAAACCCAGCAAAAAAUUCUGCAGCCUCCUUCAGCAGUACGCACAAGGUACCGAUUCACUUAGAGAUGCUUUUCAGGGAGAGGCUAAAGCAUCUCCUAAUGCUUUAGAAGCCGAUGAGCUGAGUUGUGCUGCACGAAUGCAGUCAGGAAUACCUUCACCGCAAGACCUAAAGAUGCAGGUUGACUCUGCUCCACACUGUCUCUCCCACAGCCCUGAAAGUAAGGCUGUCUCCCAGUUGCCAGACAGAGAGACUUCCAAAUCUACACCAGAGGAAAUGGCUUCUGUGGGGUCAGAUGUUUCUCUUCACAGAGAAGAACCUAAGAUGGAAGAGAUUUCCCCAAGUAAUGUAUCUAAAACAGCUGAUUCGCUAAGCCAGGAAAAGAGAGAGAAAGAACUGCUAAGGCAAAUCCUACAGAGCCCAUCACUGCAUCAGGAAAAAGGUGCUGGGGAAGAAAACACUAAGAGCCAUCAACAGCCCUCUAAAGGAGGAAGCAGUGGUCCCUCUGGUCUCCCAUCCCACUCAGAAGAUAAUGUUGAAAAUUCCCAAACCAGAAGAGAUUCUGGACCGUGUGCAGGUGGCAUGGCCACUAUCUCUACAGGAAAUGGACAGUAUCCUUGGAGAGAUCACAUGGCUGCGGUUGUAGGUGACCAUUCUAGUAGGUCACAGCCUAGGGAAACCAGUGGGACAACUGGGUCAUACUGCCAAAAUCUGACUGAUAAAAUGCUCUCUGACUCAGAAAGCCAAGCCUUUACUCUGAUGCCUGCAUUUCGUAAGCUGCAGCUUGCUGAAGAGGCUCAGACAGGGGGAGCAGGUCUGCAGUCAGAACCCAGGCAGGCAGGAAGUCAGGAAAUAAAUACAACAGAGAUGAGGAAGGUUGAAGAUGAAGGACAAAUGUUGACAUGGGAUCAAACUUUACUUCCUAGAGGAAAUAAUAAAAAUAAAAUCAACACGGAUGACCUAGAAACAAAAGACAGAUACUCAGGUAAACAUAGAUUGGCAGCCAUAUCUAAAGCAAGCAAAAAAAUCCCAGUUAAGGAUUUAAGUCCCAGAAAACAUGUAGCUACUAUCUUCUCCCAAAGUGAAGGCAAAUCUGGCUUUAGGAGGCUCUCUCUUUAUAGACCAGAGGACAACCCUCCAUCCCCUGAACCUAUUGUAAAAUCCACAGAGUCCUCAGAUGAAAGCAGCCCCAUGAAUAUGGACAAAUGUGAGACCCUUCUCCAGGAGACCACAGUAUCUAGCCCUGAGCUUCCUGGUCAGUCCUGCAACCAAAAUUCUGCUAACAUUUUGCAAGCACAUCUGAAUGGGUCACACAGCAUCUUAGAAACACCACCAAAGAGCAAGGGUUCUAAAGCUCAGAUUUCAGAAGAGUUGGGAGCCCCAGCUCAGCUUACACCAACCAGCUCCUUAGAAAAAAGCGCUGGCUAUCAGCAGAGGUUAAGCCCUUCUUUCCUCGUAGAGCCUAUACAGAAAUCUACAAUAAACUCCCACUGUCAGCUGCGGCACAGGAGUGUCCCAUCUCCAGAGUCAGAACCUGAGCCACACCUCUAUCGGUCAAAGAGUUUAAGAAACUUCAAUAUGCACAGCGACCUGUUGUGUACAAGCCACCCUCCCAAAGCCAGGGGGCGCCACUUCUCCGAAAACACUUCCAUUGACAAUGCUCUGAGUCAACUGACCCUUGAAGAUGACUCCUUCCCCAACAGUGGGUACAAUCGAAGAUUCAAAUCUUUUUCUGAGCUUCCUGCCUCUUACGAAAGUGAAAGUUGGACUUCACAUAACAAUGGGACACGAGGUCCCAAGUCCACCUCAUCCAUUUCCAGGCCUAUUGACUAUGGAAUUUUUGGGAAAGAGCAGCAGUUGGCUUUCUUGGAGAAUGUCAAACGGUCACUCACACAGGGAAGAUUAUGGAAGCCAAGUUUCCUGAAGAACCCUGGCUUCCUCAAGGAUGAUGUACUUAAUGCUUCCAACCUGCCGCAGUCAGAGCUGGUAAAGUCUCCUGCGGGUCAGGCGCCAGAAGACGGCUUAUUUCCAAGUGAGCCACUUAAUAUCUACAAGGACGACCCAGUGGACCCACUGGACUCAGACUGGGACACAGACACAACCACAGAUGACGAGUACUACCUGGAUGAAAAUGAUAAAGAGUCAGAACUAUGAGACUUUUGUGAGAAACUGCAUAAUAUAACACUGUCGUGUUUUGCUUUUUACCCAAAGCUUACCAUGGAAAUUAUUCCAAUAAUUAUAGACAGAAAAAAGAGAGCUGGUUUGGGAAGCGGUCAAUCCUUUUCUAUUCCAUUCUUUUUCCCUUCUGAAUUCUAAGAGCAAUGCCCACUGUUCUUGAAGGGUUUUGUGUGUUUGUUUUCCCUGCUAUGUUUUUCUUGGUAUGUUUGAACUUGGCCCUCCUUGUCUCUAAGCCACUUUCCAAUGUUAGCACUAUUUUCUCUGUCGUAAUUUCUCUUACCUCUAAUAGUUUAGGGACAUGUUCGACCUUGUGACUCAUUAAUUACCCAGCACAGCUGCAAAACUGAAUUGCCUCUGUCCACAGCCUGAAUUCCAGCUACUAAAUAUAACGUAGGGAAAGCAAUAGUGGGGUAAAAUGCCAGCAUGGUGUGUGCAUAUGUUUAUGCAGUGUCUACAGAGGCCAGAAGAGGGCACUGGAGUCCCUGGAAUGGGAGGAACAAAUGGUUGUUAGAGGUCACAUGGGUUCUGGGAAUCAAACCUGGGUCCUCUGCAGGAGCUGCUAGUGCUCUUAACCACUGAGCCUUCUCCAGCCACACAAUAAAUGAGCAUCCUUGUUAUGCCCUGUUCUGUGGGCAUCCUUUCACAUCAGUAGUGGAUUCUUGACACACAUUUAGAGAACAUGUUAGGCUAUAAAUGAAGGGUUAGUUCCAUAGUACCUUUGGGGAUUUUCUCUGAGACAGUUGUGCUGAUUGGCUGAAUUUUUGAAGGCUAAAUUUUCAUGCUUAAUGCUUGGGUAAAACCCAAAUGACUGAGCAGCAUGGCUUGGCUACAGAGACAUAGCUUAUGGACGGAGAUGAGCAGAUUUAUUGGGCCAGCAUGAUUGCUGCUCUUUCUGUGACUUAUUUUUCCCAUCUCUCCAGACCUAUGCAGUGCCCAUUUCCUUAUUUAUAGCCCAAUCUUGGCGUUUGUAAACUUUUCUCACAUAAUUUCUUUAUGUAUAGCCCAGGUUCUAUAAUUUGAGGAAUUUUUACAUGACAUCAGGUAUAUACAUACAUAAAAUAGAUAUACAAAUCAAACAUUCACUGAUAACUCAAUUUUAUUUUGGAACAGUUUUCUAGCUUACACAAAUUUACCAUUUGUUUAAGGUAAAAACAAACACACCAAUGAGAUGGUUAUAUAGUACAUCUAAGGACAUACUAACACUAAUGUUAUCCACAUGCUGGGGAAUAGAGUGGGCUUUCUAAAGUCUUGGUUGUCUGUAAUUGCAUUUAUAUAUGAGAAGAAAUCUUUGCAUGUACAAUAAAAACAGUGCAGUUCAGAACAGAAUAUCAGAUCUCGCCCCUUCCCUUCCUCUACCUCUCUUCCUGUGUUCUUUCUUCCUCUCCCUCCUCACAGUACCAGAGGCCUGCUGUGUGUUUGAGUCAAGGCUACAGUGAGGUCAUACCAUGCACCAUGGGUAAGCACUGCCAGAAUUCUUUAUGUGUUUAAUUUUGGGUUAAUUUUUGUUUGGUACACAUUCAGAGACCUUUUAUUGUUGCUUUUUUUUUUUCAACCCUACACUCAAUUCUGUGAAGACCCACAGUUUAAGACUCUUUGGACUAAGAUGCUUUUGGUGAGGCAUUCAGUGGGAACCUUAGAUGAGUCCUUAAAAUUCGAAGUCAUAUGUGAUGUCUGGGAACCACUUGGCUCCUCUGCUGAACCGUUUUUGUCAAACCCUCAUGCACAUUUAACUCUGAGCUCCGAAUGUACUGUAAAAUCACUUGCGAUACCCAUUGCUAAUCUGGCUUCCUACUUCUUUAGUUGCUGCAUAGAGUAUCUGGGGCUUUCUUGCCUCGUAAUUCAAGGCGAAAGUCUAUGAAUGAGGGUGGUCUAGACCUGCAGGCAACAUGGAAUUCGGGGUCUCAAUACAGGACUGGAUUUCUUCUUGUUCUAUAGGUGUUUCUGACAUACUUUUAUUUCCCACUGUUCAUCCAGAGAAGCUGAAGCCGAGGGCAGGUAUUGGCAAAGCAUAUACAUGUCUGGCACGGACACAAAUACAAGGAGGAUCAAUACAUUAUUCUUGCCCUCAUAAUUGUUGUCUGAUCUGGGCUAGUUUACAUUGGUUCCAUAAAACUUGAAACUUAGUGAAGGUAAGGUCACUAACAGGAAAACCUUUCCUUAAACCUGUCCACUCAAACUUUGAGCUCUGGCUAAAGCUCAAAAAGAUGCCUAAUAGAAUUUUAAACCAGCUCUUCUGGAUGGAUCAAAAAUUGAAUAGAAACAAGAAAAAAUCAAUUUCUAGUUUAAUGCUGUGCUUGUACAUAUGCCUUUCCUCUUUUGCUAUUUGAUUAUUUAAGUAAAACUCUCAUAUAGUAUGACUUUUGUGUAUAAGUUUAAUAUAUUCAGAGAUUUUAACAUUAAGGUCUUUGUUGUUAUUUUAUGUGAUCACCAUGAGAUACUAUUUCAAUAAAUAUUUUGUGUCUAUAGGAGUCUAGAAAAGGUGACAGGAAGUUAUCUUGCUUUUCAACAAGGUGAGGCUCUGAGAAAGGGAAGUCAGAGUAAGAAAGGACAAAUGCUUUGGGGCUCAGGCUCUCUGUGCUGGAACCUUCUAUCCAUAUCGAAGGCUGCCCCUCAGCCAUUGCUUGUCUGCACUAUGUGUAAGGACUACCUGUUUGUCAGGCUGAGGGAUUGGGAAAACAGUAAUUUCACAAAAAUAGAAUAGCAUCUCUACAGUUUUAUAGUUUUAUGAAGCACUUCGUUGAAGAAGUAUAGAGAAUUUCAAGAAUUUCUUUGUGUUUUAUGUAAUAUAUAAACUGCUGGGUUUUUUGAUGCACAUUUUGGGCAUAGCUGUGGUAACUUCAAUGACAGUCAUUUUAUAUUGUUUUUUUUUCUAAAAUAUAUAAUCAUUAUUAAACUUUCUUGUAAAUGGAAUAAAACACUAAUCAAUACUAAUAAGUGCCUAGGAAAUUAUGAGCUUGCUUAAAUAUUAGGAUAACACAACUAUAUAAAUUGUGUUAACUUUGUUCAAAAUGGAGUUUAAGAAGUUUAUUUUACUCUGUAGACACUUCUGAAUAGUUUACUCUUAUAUCAUUAAUACAUGGAUCUUAACAAAACUCUAAUUGCUAUUACCAUGAAUUUGGUUAAGGAUAAGCUCAAAAGAGAAAACUGUUUUGUAUAGGAAAUAAAGAUGAGUCACAAGGGUGCUAAAAGAAGCCUACUGAGGUUGUGGAAAACAUGAGAUUCAAAUGGAAACUCACAUCUCUGUAAAAACAGAUUCCCAUACUGAAUGCUGGCAUGUUCACACGGGCCUCAUUGCUUGGAGUUUACUGCAUAAUAGAGCUGUAGAAUAAUCUAUCUAGAUGUACAGUAUAAAUAUGUAAAUAUUUUACUUUGCAAGUUUGUAUUACUACUUAAAGGCUCUUUGUGACUGAUAAUUCUGAAACAAUAAGCCAUAAUAAGCACUUUGUCAAAACUGUCAAAUAACCCUUUUAUGUUUUUCCUCAGAUCUGUUCCCAAAGUGUGGAAUAUGAAAUAUAGGAUGAAAUUUUAAAAUAACACUUUUGUGAAAAUAAAGAACUUAAACAGAU